CUCACCAUGGUGGUCAUCAGUGGAAUAAGUGAGAAUCCAGAAGACUUACCAAAAUCUACUACAGCACCCUUCACUAGUAGCAUCACUGUAAGCCUCCCAGAAUACUACAGUGACUGUGACUACCCUGAGGGUGACUCCGGGAGGUGUGUGUAUGAGCGUUAUGGAGCCAAUUUUAUUCCCACCCUCUACGCCAGUUUCUUCCUCCUGGGCCUUCUGGGUAACUCUUUGGUCAUCUGGGUCAUUGCUUGUGGCGUGCGACUCCGCAGCAUGACCGACGUGUGCCUCCUAAACUUGGCUGUUGCUGACCUUCUCUUGGUGUGUACCCUUCCCUUCCUUGCCCACCAAGCCCGGGACCAGUGGCUGUUUGGGGAUGCUAUGUGCAAAGCGGUCCUUGGUAUUUAUAAUAUUGGUUUUUACAGUGGGAUCUUUUUCAUCACUCUAAUGAGCAUUGACCGGUACUUGGCUAUAGUACAGGCCAUUUACGCUAUGAGAGUACGGACAAGGUCCUUUGGAAUGAUCGCAGCGGCUGUUACAUGGGUGGCUGGAUUUUUGGCUUCUUUCCCUGAAAUGAUCUUCCUCAAAGAGCAGCCUGAUGUGAAUACUAAUAUGACUCAGUUUUUCUGCUACCCUGUAUAUCCCACAACUUCGAAUGACGACACCACUUCAUCCAACUCUCACAUCUGGAGCAUCUUCAGCCUUUUUAAAAUGAACUUUUUGGGUCUAUUUGUCCCGGUAGUCAUCAUGGGUUUCUGCUACUCACAGAUUGUCUGGAGGCUGCUGCACAGCCCGUCAUCCAAGAAACAAGCCAUCCGUUUAGUGCUCAUAGUGGUAGUUGUUUUCUUCUGCUGCUGGAUCCCCUACAACAUUGCAUCCUUCUUCAAAGCAUUGGAGCUAUUGCACAUCUAUACAGAAUGUGAAAGCAGCAAAGCCAUCAGAUUGGCUUUACAAGUCACUGAGGCCAUUGCCUACUCUCACAGCUGCCUCAACCCCAUCCUGUAUGUGUUUGUUGGGGAGAAGUUCAGGAGGCACCUGCUAAGGUUGAUAAACAGGGCUCCCUGCAGGCUGUGUCAGAUGGUCAAAGUCUGCAUACCCCAGGACAGAAUCAAUGGGUCAGUCUACUCACCGACCACCAACCUGGGCAAGAGGAGCACUGCUGUGUGAAGUGUGUUCCAUAGACGGUAUAAAGGUGGGUUGUUAUUUCUGUCUGUGUGGUCAUCUCCACAAUGAGGGAAUUUCUUGUGAAGUCAAAUAGUGAAGUUGAGAAGCAAUUCUUGCUAAUUCUGACUUCUUAUGGGCUAUUUUAGGACUUCAGUUCAUUUUUCACUCACAAUUGGCUUUAGUUUGAGUUUUGGAAAUGUAAGAAUAUGACAAAAUACAUACAAGACACAAGCCUAAAUCUUAAAUCCUAUGGUAUGAUUUUGUAAUAGAGUAACAUGCAAACACAGUGUAGCCGUGUAUAAAGGUAAAGGUAUAUAUCUUUAUACUUUUAUAAGUUCUAUAGACUACAUAAGAAUGUACAAUGGAAAUGUACUGUAAAUAUGGUUCCGGAUAGAUAAGAUCUUUAACAGAGUUGAUGAAGCAGAUUGUAUCUGCAAUUUUAAAGGUCAUAAAUAGUCCUGAAAUAAAUUUUGUCUUCUCUUUUUUUUUGGGGGGGGGACACAAACUCAGAUGCUGACCAGUUCCUUGCAGGACAAACACCAGUAAAAGAAGUGAAACAAAUAGCUAAACAUGGCUAAUUGCAACAACAAAAAAGCAAAGCUUUUGCAAGUAUUGUAAGUUUCAAAGCAUCUGUAAUAGCAGAUUUGCACCUCACCUCAACCUAGAGAAAACCACAACAUGAUAGAAAGCGGAAGUAUAUGUUGUCAGUUUAAUCUUUGCAGUCUCUGUGCACGAAUUUGCAUUUUGCUGUCAAUUUUUGGAACUAUCUCUGCAAAACUUCUAAUGAAAUUAAUCAGCAUUUCACCAAAACAAGUCAUUUUCAAAUCAUUAUACUCUAUAUUCUAUCAUGCAGACUGACUAGCCAAGUGGAUAUUAUGCAUACCAUAUCCUAACUACAACAUCCUUGGUUUGAUUCAAGUUUACCCCCACCCCCA